AUGACAAGCUUGCAUAAGCCACUUCCGGCACUAUACACAGUCUACGUCUUGCGAUCGACGGUCCGCCAUGCCUCGCUCUACAUUGGCUCGACGCCGAACCCGCCGCGACGACUAAAGCAGCACAAUGGCGAGACAAAGGGCGGCGCCGCGCGUACCGCCCGCGACAAGUUACGGCCGUGGGAAAUGGUUGCGCUCGUCUCCGGCUUCCCGAGCUCUAUUGCCGCGCUCAAGUUCGAAUGGGCGCUCGCGAACCCGCACCUGUCGCUGCAUAUCCCUGCCGACGAGCGCCUGGCCGUCUCGACGCAGACCAAGCGCAACGGGCGCCCGCGCCGCCCGGCACUGAGCAUGCGCUCCGUCAUGUCCAACAUUCACCUGCUGACAGGCGUGGCCAGCUUCGUGCGGUGGCCUCUGACGCUGCACUUCUUCGCCGAGGAGGCGCACAAGGCGUGGAAGACGUGGCUGAAAAAGGCCGAGAACCCAGCUAGACCCGGCCUGCGCGUGCUGACCGACUUUGUGGACGACACGGCGGGUAUCCUGGGCCCGCACGACGACCAGGCGGGCAUCCAGGCGCUGCCGCUCGAUUACGCGCCCGUCAAAGACUACGUGCAAAAGGCGCAAGACGUGGUGAUGUUUGAAAAGGAGGGCCGCUGCGUGCACUGCGACGAGGAGAUGGCAUCAGGGCAAGGACUGCAUGCCAUGUGCCCAAAUGGGGACUGCGUAGCCAUGGGGCAUCUGGAUUGCUGGAGCAAGCACGCGCUUGCUGGCGAGGGCGACCCGGAGGCCAUCCUCCCGCAGACGUGCUUUUGUCCGUCGUGUGGCGGCGAGGUGCGCUGGGGAGAAAUGAUGAAAGAACUGACUCUGCGAGUGCGAGGUCAAAGCGAAAUCGACAAGCUACUCAAGGUCAAGAAGCGAGGAAGAAAGGCGACGUGA